AUGAUGAUGAUGAUGAUGCUGUGGCUGCUGUGGCUGCGGUUGCUGCUGCUGAUGAUGUUGAUGAUGAUGACGACGAUGAUGAUGUUGAUUACGAAGGAUAAACUCCGAGUAAAUCAAAACCAGUCUUACUUACUAAACUAUGAUUACAUCACACCGACGACCAAUCAGACGAUGAAGGGCUGUUGUGGGCGGUGCUUUCUGGCCGUAGAUUGUAAUACCGGGUUCAAGUUCUGUAUCAAAUCUAACAACUUCAAAUCGGAAGAGGUAUUAACGAUGCUUGAAUUAUUAGGCAGCAGAGGCAUACCGCACUUGUACGGUGUAUCAUUCAGUAUUAAUCGAGUCUUCAUUUUCAUGGAGUUCAUUAACGGUGAAACUCUUCAGUCAAAAAUCGACAACUUCAACGCCAGUGGUCAGUUCAUUGACCAAUCAGAAUGCUUGUUCAUUCUCUGGAAGGUUCUAAAAGUCCUACAUAACUUACGAAAGAAAAAUAUCAUUCAUAACGACAUCAAAGCUGACAACAUAAUAAUAACCAUCCCAAACACCGUAAACCCCGCUCUAUACGACGUAACCAUCAUCGAUUUUGGCCUGUCAAUCAUACACGACGGGGGCGGAGUCAAAAAAGAAACUUGGCCCGUGGGAAGUCAGUGUAACUGGAGCCCGGAAAAGGCAGCCAGCGAGGGUUACGAUGAUAAGAGUGAUCUUUGGGCCGCCAUUUGUGUGUUUGUUCAUAUGCUCUGUGGUCGACCGACAUGGUCAAGAUAUCAGGACAAUUUAGGGUGCCUACAUUAUGUGAUGAAAUCUCCGCCACUGUCAGACCUACCAUCACACACAAAACCAUCUAUUGAAGAAUUCAUCAAACUGGCAUGGACGGUGGACGUUGAGAAGAGGCCGACCGUCGGCCAGUUAUUAUCGCACGGAAUAUUUCGGCAGCACCAUCUUCUGCAAAAUGUCUUCAAUCAGUCAGGUUGUCUAUCUCUGAGAGGUGAAAGUAUAAUAUCACUGCUGAGAAAUCAGGAAGAUGGUUUUAAAGAAUCUCUUUUCAGUGGAGAAAUACUAGAACAUCAACCCCAACAGCAUCGGCAGCAACCACAACUACUACAGCCACAACAACUAUUACAGUCACAACAACUACUACAGCCACAACAACUACUACAGCCACAACAACUACUACAGCCACAACAAUUAUAUACUACAACGACGUCACCAUCUUUGUCUGGGACAUCUCAGUUAUGUUUAUAUGAGGUUCAAUUUGAUAGGUUGCAAGUAGCGACACCGCUAUCAUCCGUUGAUUUUUUCGAUUCUAGAGAUUGCGAUGUUGCCGAUGUUGCCGACGAUGUUGCUGCUGCUACUACAGAUGCUGAUGAAGUCGCUACUGCUGAUGAUGAUAGCUGCAAAGUUAUCACCAUCAACAACAACUACAUCAACAACAACUACAUCAACAACAACUACAUCAACAACAACUACAUCAACAACAACUACAUCAACAACAACUACAUCAACAACAACUACAUCAACAACAACUACAUCAACAACAACUACAUCAACAACAACUACAUCAACAACAACUACAUCAACAACAACUACAUCAACAACAACUACAUCAACAACAAUUACAUCAACAACAAUUACACUAUCAACAAUUACAUCGACAACAGUUGUUGCCAGAUUACAUCAAUCACCAUCAUCAACAACAACAACAUCAGCAUCAACAACACCAUCUACCUAACCAUCCAAAUGACCAGCCAAUGA